AUGGGGAAGGCGAAUUUGGAGCCCGACAUCAUCUGCUUCACCGCUGGGAUCAGCGCGUGCGGAAAGGGCGAGCAGUGGCAGCGGGCUGUGGCGCUGCUCAGCGAGAUGCUGGCGGCGAAGUUGGAGCCUACCAUCGUCAGCUACAGCGCUGGGAUCAGCGCGUGCGAGAAGAGCGAGCAGUGGCAGCGGGCUGUGGCGCUUCUCAGUGCGAUGUGGGAAGCGAAGUUGAAGCCCGACGUCAUCUUCAGCUACAAUUCUGGGAUGAGCGCGUGCGAGAAGUGCGAGCAGUGGCAGCAGGCACUUGCGCUGCACAUUGAUAUGUGGGGGGCGAAGUUGAGACCAGACGUAAUCAGCUACAGGGUUGCCAUGAGCGCGUGCGAGAAGGGCGAGCAGUGGCAGCGGGCCCUGGCGCUGCUCCGGAUGACGCGGCAGGCGAAGCUGAACCCCCAGGACAUCAACUAUAACGCUGUCAUCGGCGCGUGUGGGAAAGGCGAGCAGUGGCAGAUGGUCUUGGAGCUGCUCGGCGAAAUUGCUCAAGUGAAAUCGGCACCCAACACCAUGACCCACAGCGCUGGGAUCAGCGCGUGCGAGAAAGCUGGGCAGUGGCAGAGGGCUCUGGCACUGUUCAGCGAGAGGGCUGCUGGCAGUGCUAAGCAUUGGCAGAUGGUCCUGGAGCUGCUCGGCGAAAUUGCUCAAUCGAAAUCGGCACCCAACACCAUCACCUACAACGCUGGAAUCAGGUCGUGUGAGGAAGCUGGGCAAUGGCAGAGUGCCCUGGAGCUGCUGAGGGAGAUGCAGGAUCGGAGGUUGGAUCCCGACGACAUCAGCUAUAGCGUUGUGAUCAGCGCGUGCGAAAAAGGCGGGCAGUGGCAGCAUGCUCUGUCGCUGUUCCAAGACAUGUGUGCUCAAUCGAGGAGGUGA